AUGAAAACAACGUCGGAAACCAAUGAAAAAUUCAAAGAAGAAUUAAAUAAAUUUUUAAUUUCACAAGGAAAAAAUCUUUCAUUAAUUGAUACGCAUGGUCACAAUUGCCAAAAUUGUUCAAGAGAUAUUGUUGCAGUUAAGAUUAUCUAUGGUUGCCAAGCAUUAUUGAAUAAUGCAUAUGCUUCUAAUGGAAGUGCUUUCAAUCUUUCUCCGGAGUAUGAUAUACAUUCACCUCAUCUUACUGUUGAUGAAAACGAAAGAAACAAUCAUGGCACUGUUUCAUUCGAUCCAACAAGAAGUGAUCGUCAUGAACAUCAAAGUGGGAGUUCUGUAUCAUCAGAUGAAUAUCCAAUUAAUGUAACAGUCUCAUCUGUUAUAUCUCCACUUCAAUUACUAAUGUCGCCAGCUUCCUCGUCAUCUAUUGUCAAUUCUCCAACACAUGGAAAUAAUAAUACGUUAUCAUUGGUCAACACUAAUAAAUUUAAUUCUGGCUCAUGUUUAUUUGCAAACGACACGAAAAUGUCCAGUCCAAAUAAAUCAUUAGAACACACAAUUGAUGAAGAACAGGUGAAGACACUUCGCUAUUUGCAACGUCAAACAGAUGAUUCAUUAAUGUUUUCCUGUAAUAUUGAUGGGAUUCAACAACGUGAACGAACAUUAGGUCUUGUUAUUUCUCAAGAUGAUAUGAAUCAACUGAAACUAUUCAAACAAAACCAUCAAAUAAAAAGAGAUGCAAAGAAUAAUAAUGUCAAAUCGACUAAUUUACCUUCUGACAAUACUGUUGAGCAUAAAGGAAGAAAUUAUGAAUGGACAGUAAUUUUAGACGAGUAUGUGGAACGUUCGAAUGAUUAUUGUGUGUUUGCUUACGAACGACACCACUUUACUAUUCGAAAUUCAAUAGGCAAUAGUAAUCAAUUCUUUUUAAGUGCAGAUGCGCAUUGUGUAUUUAGUACAUGCUCUUGCGAAUUUCAUGCUAUCGUCAAUGAAAAUGGUACAAUUGCUGUUACUUACUCAGGACAUAUUGAUCAUAUAAUAGGCGAGAUACAUGCAAGACCAUAUCGUGGGAGUCGCCGUGAAAAUUUGCAGAAACUUACUUCACUUGGCGCUACACCAAAUGCUCUUCAUCUUGCACAACUUAAACUGCUAUCUGACAACAAUAAAAAAUCAGGUAAUAGAAACAGUGUAGGAUCAAGUGCAUCAGUAAUUCGCAAAAUAUCAAGCGAAGCUAAUGUUAAAUUGCGUCAAGCUAAUGAUUUACACAAUAGCCUUCACCAAAUCAAGGGUCAUCAAGCAAAAACUGUUUUUCCUGGUGAGCCAAUUCCAGGAUAUCUUCAAGUAAUAGGUGUGGAGCCGCUAAGGCUUGUUUGCUUCACAGCAGGAGGUAUUGCCGCAUACCAUAAAUUUGCUUUAAACAUGCCGCUCUCGUGGGAUGCGACGGGUGGUAUUGUAAUGAAACGAGAAAAACAAAUCUAUUAUUAUGAAUUAACAAUGACGAACCUGAUUAAAGGCGGCCCAUCUCUUCCUAUUACAUCAAUGUUGAGCGAAUCACAUGGUACCAUGGAUAUUAUUCAUUGGAUGAAUUGUUUCAUUGAAAAAUACAAACAAAUCUACGGUUAUUCUGAACAAUUUCCCAAGCCACCUAUCAUCCAUUCCGAUCGUGCCCUGGUUUUUCUGAAUGCUGGUAUCCAGAUUUUCAAUCGAGAUGAAACGAUGAAUCGCUAUAUCGAAAGAUGCUGGCGCAUCAUACAUCGUACAGCCAGUAAACAAGACCUAGAAAUUACGAUUGUUCACGCAUGUCUUGGCCACUUCAUGAAGAAUGUCAAGAAACACGCAUCUAAACAUAUGAACAAAAAACAGGUUCCAUUUGGAAUGUGGCUAAUGGCUUUAUUAGUGAAUAGCAACACAUUGAACGAGAUGAUCAUCGUAUGGCGCAACAUCUGCACUCUUCUUCUCAGUGUCAAUCAAAACGAUCAUUUCAAGAUUUCCUUAUCUGUUUUAUCAAAGAUGGCUGAUCAAAUGAACGCCAAUCCUGACACAACGAACUUUGUUCUACAGAAUGUCACACUAACCCCCAAAGCACAGUUGAUCAGCAAUCUCGAUACAGAGAUCGAACAAGACGAUGGAGUCGAUCUGAUGCUUGGUGAGGAAGAAGCGGUGCUAAAUUUGGAUUCAUCGUUUAAAGAGUUGUUCGGAAAAAUUUUCCAGCAAUGCAAAGAGUUACUCAAGACUUACGAUGUAGAGCAAUGGAAACAUUUGCCAAGUAAUCCAUUGUUCUCUGCUGCAUUUCUGACUCGUGUUCUGAAGCUUUACAUGCCAACAGCUCCACUCUGGAGCAAUCUUCUUUUGGGUGAUUUUGGUCGUCGAUAUGGGUAUUCAUCAACUUCGACGCGUCCAUCAUGCCCAUGCCAUUCUGGUAGAACAACUGGAGCAUCGGAAUCACGAAUGCGUGUGUUGAAGGAAGCGGUUUUAAAUAAGAGAGUUUAUUCACGAGUUGAUGAAGUAGUCGCGAAGCUAGGUGACACAAUUGAAGCCGUUGAAAUUCAAUUUGCUGACUAUUCGUUGAUUAAAGCCGGAAAGAAUCGAUUGCUACCAGCAACGAAGCAAAAAUCGGCGUCGGAAGGAUGGAACAAGCGUAGAAGGAGCGGAAGUACCGACAGUUCUUAUAGCGCCGGGCGUCCAUCGACAAAUCUUGUUGCUAUGAUGAAUACUCGUUUAUUGGGACAAAAUGACGAUGCGAAUCUAGAUGUUGGAAAUGUUACACACUUCUUACGGUUCGAGAAUGAGGAAAGCAAUUGCUGGUAUAACAGCAUGCUGCAAAUGAUCCUCGCGUCUGGUAAUAUUACUCAAGCAAUCGAACGUAUUGGAUAUAUUGAGGGUGAUUUUGUAUCUACAAAAGUGUUGUCGAUGGUGAAUAUGUUAAAUACAUUGGUAAACAAGCAAGCAAGGCAAGGCAAUGAUGACGAACGACGAGUUGUUAAGCAAAAUAUGAUUUCUGAACAUUUGCUACAUCUUCGUUGGGCUGGAAUUAACAUUCGACCUGGGUUGUUCAACUGCGUUUUUGACUUUUUUGAAGCAGCAAUAAUUGAUGUUCUUGAAUUUUAUGAUAUUGACUUUAAUUUUGUUCUUGAUAUUUUCAUCGAAUGUUCCUCAUGCAAAAAAGUAAGCAGUAUUGAUCGACAUACAUGGAGUUAUCUUCUGGUAACUGAACCAAUUGUUGAAGAAAGAUUAGAAGAUGUUAUGGCAAACGUAUUUGGAGAAACGUUGGGUAAGAAAACGUGUCCACAAUGUUUGAAGGAUGAUCUUCAUACCACUUCAAUGUCGAUGUUAAAUUGUCCAAAAAAUCUGUUCAUUCGUUUUCACGCAUCAACAACCACAGAACACGACAAUCACGUAAUGGAGAGCCAUGUUGACUUUACCAAACUUGUGUCAAAAAAUGUUAUUUUUACACGCUCAUAUGCGCGGUAUACUUUACAAUCAUUUAUUACAUUCACUGGCAAAGACGGCACAGGACAUUACGUCAUCUAUGUUAGAAGAAAAGAUGACUGGUAUCGUCUCAAUGAUACUAAUAUAACAUUAAUCAAAUCUUCUAGUUUAUUUGGUGAUCGAGCUGACCGACAACCAGUAGUAUUUGCUCACUUCACACGUCCAUCAAACAUCGAUAUAUUUUCCAAAGCACUUUGGAAUGUAUUUACAAAUUUUUCACCUUGUAAUAUUCAAUUGCUACCGACCAUUUCCUUAAACGAUGCUAUCGCUUAUUACUCAAAACAAGAUAUAUUGAACAAAAAUUUACUCAACUUCGCAGUUGCCAAACGGUUUUAUUGUCCCAAUUGUAGAAAAGGUAACGUUGAAUCAGUAGAAUAG